ACAGAUAGCCGCCAAAAAUGCGUAUAACCCUGAGCAAAUCCGAUUUGGUAUCCCACGUGGCGCUUAAGCGCCCUUUCGUGACAAGCUGUGACAAUGCUACAAAGUUGCACGUGAGUUGUCAUGGACCUUCGCCGUCGAACGCCCUUCAAGUUUGUAACCAGCGAAGAUUCUGAUGAUGGCGCUGUCUUCUUAGAUGAUCAAGAGCAGGAAGAAGUGAUUGAAAGUCUUCGUGAAGAGACCGCGAAAUCCAAUAAGCGAUCAACAUUCAUGAUGCAGAUUCACACCUGACGGGAACGCUUUUCCCGGCCGAGAAAUAUAUAGGGAAAUGAGAAGAGCAAUCGCCGAUUUCCC